AUGUCCCCAGACGUUCGGCUCCACGUGUCCUGGCUGAGCCGCGUGGUUCUUCUGUUCUCCUGCCUCUCACACGCCUUCUAUAUCCCAGGCGUGUCAAUACGGAGCUACCGGGACGAGGAGAACAUACCGCUGCUUGUGAACAAGGUCUACUCGGACAAGAGUCAGCUGCAGUUCGCAUAUUUCGACUUGCCGUUCGUCUGCCCUCCCACCGGCAACAAACAUCAUGGCUCCUCCUUCGCCAGCGGCCAUAGCGUUCCUCUCAACCUGGGCGAGGUCCUUCGAGGUGACAGGAUCAAGACUUCUGAUCUGGAGAUCAACAUGGGCCAGGACAUAGAUUGUCAGUACCUGUGCGAUCGGGUGGUGGGCCGGAAAGAGCUGGAGUGGGCUCAACAGCUGAUUGAGGACGAAUAUGUCACCGAAUGGAUUCUCGACAAUCUCCCUGGAGCCACCUCCUUUGUCACCGUUGAUCGGAGCCGGAAGUACUACGCAUCAGGGUUCAAAAUGGGAUACAAGGACUUCGAUAUGGGCACCGGUAAAGAGAUGUACUACGUCUAUAACCACCAUACCAUCGUGGUUCGAUGGCGUCCGGCGCCUGGAAAGGCCGGGGAUCAUGGCGGCAAAGUUAUUGUUGGAUUUGAAGUGUAUCCCAAGAGCAUUCAUGCGGGACAUCGCAAUGAAACAGGCUGUCCGCUCGACGUGUCGGGGGAACAGGAGCCGUUGGCCCUCUACAUUCCUGGCAACAACACCAACUUGAUGGAACAGUAUGUGGAUUCAUCCUACAUCCCAGAAAUUCCGAUUGACAUGGAGGACGGCGCCACCAUGACAAUCCCAUACACUUAUUCGGUCUACUUUUUCGAGGAAAGCGGAGUCGAGUGGUCGAAUCGUUGGGAUCUGUAUUUCAAUGAUCAGGCGGAGAGUUCCUUCACCCAUUGGUUGGCCAUUGUCAACUCCCUAAUCAUCUCAGGCAUUCUCGGCGCAAUCUGCAUAGUGAUCUGGGGACGGACCAUGCAGGGGGACGUCAAAGGCCGGGGAGACGGAAUACUAGAAGAAGCGCGGUUGAAGAUCGGCAAGCGUGAGAGAAAGAAGUCAAGCAGCGGGCUGCUGGAGAAGAUCUCGGACGGCGGUCCCGAUGAUGAUCUAUCCUCGGACGAGGAACCACUGGAAGAAAUCACGGGCUGGAAACUCCUCCACGGCGACGUCUUCAGGCCCCCGCCAUAUGGUGGGCUCCUUGCCCCCUUGAUCGGAUCUGGAAUCCAGCUCGUCUUUGUGAUCGUAGGGCUGCUGGGUCUCAGCUGCGCGGGUAUCCUGAAUCCAAGCUGGCGCGGAGGGUUCUGGAGCGUCGGCGCCGGUCUCUUCGUGUUCGCAGGCGGGUUUUCAGGAUAUUUCUCUGCGCGAGUCUACAAGACAUUCGGUGGCCAGAACUGGCGCAAGAACACGAUGAUGACCGCACUGCUCUUCCCUGGGCUCCUGUUCACCCUCGUCUUCGUCCUCAACCUCUUCUGCUGGGCUCAAGCAUCCUCGACCGCACUACCUUUCUCGACUCUCUUGGGGUUGGCGUGCUUGUGGCUGCUCAUUCAACUCCCUCUCGUCCACCUAGGGUCAUAUUGGGGCUUCUACCGAUCAUCUGGCUGGGAACACCCGACCAAGACCAAUGCGAUUCCUCGUCAGAUCCCACCCCAGGCGUGGUAUAUGAAACAGCAAGUCACCCUGGCCCUCGGUGCCGGGCUGGUGGCUUUUGCUGUGCUUUUCAUCGAACUGAUAUUUGUCUUCAAAUCACUGUAUCUGGACAAGUCAUCCUAUUACUACGUGUUCGGGUUUUUGAGCAUCAUCUCCGCUCUGCUGUCGAUCACGAUCGCCGAGACCGUCAUCAUCGCUACUUACCUCCAACUGUGUGCCGAGAAUUACCAUUGGUGGUGGCAGUCAUUUUUCGUGGGUGGAGCUUCAGGCUUUUGGAUCUUUGUAUACUCGGUGUGGUACUACGCCACUCGAUUACACAUUGACGGAUUUGUGAGCAGCCUGUUGUUUUUCAGCUACAGCGGCCUUGCUUGUGCUGUAUAUUCAUUGGCGACGGGGACCAUUGGCUUCCUGACGGCGUACAUGUUUGUCCGACGGAUAUACGGGGGCGUCAAGGUGGACUGA